AUGGCCGACGUGAAAGCACCAAUUGAUAUUUCGUCGAGCCCCAAGAGGAGCGUCGAUGGCGCCCCUGAGAAGAACCUCGAUGCCGACGAGAUUCGUCUGGCGCAGAUGGGACAUACUCAGGAGUUGCAGCGUCAUUUCAGUACCCUCAGUCUCAUCGGCCUUGCGUCGACGACUACCAUCUCAUGGACGGGUCUAGGUCUUGGCCUCAUCACUGAGAUCAACGCCGGUGGACCUGGCGCGGUUAUCUAUGGCUUCAUCCUCGUGACGCUGCUUCAAUGCUUCUUGGGUGCAUCGCUCGCCGAAUUCGUCUCGUCGUAUCCGACCGAGGGCGGCAUGUACCACUGGAUCGCUGCCGUGGCGCCCAGGAGGUUGACGGGUGUGUUGAGUUUCUUCACCGGCUGGUUCAGCGUGCUUGGAUGGAUUUUUACAACUGCCUCAACGAACUUGAUCUAUUCCCAGGUUCUCAUGGCUCUGGUCGUAAUUUACCAUGAAGACCUCGAGAUUCAGACGUGGCAGACUUUCAUCGUUUACCAGGGGUUGAACCUCAUCACUGCCGGUAUUGUCAUGUUCGGCAACAAGAUCAUUCCCGGUCUGAACAAGUUCUCGCUCUUUUACCUGCAAAUAGGCUGGUUCGUGGUUAUGGUCACCGUUGUCGCGUGUGCGCCUACUCACCGCAACGCCGACUUCGUGUUCAAGACCUGGAUCAACAACACGGGCUGGGAAAACCAGGUCAUUUGCUUCAUCACCGGCCUGGUCAACCCUCUUUACAGUCUUGGUGGACUUGACGGAGUUACGCACAUUACUGAAGAGAUGCCGAACCCGCAGCCCUCCAGAAACGCGCCGCUGGCUAUUGCUAUUACGCUCUGCAUCGCUUUCGUGACGGGUAUCACAUAUCUUAUUACCCUCAUGUUCUCCGUGCAAGAUUUCGACGCUCUCUCAACUACCAACACCGGUCUUCCCCUUGCGGAGCUGUUUCGUCAGGUUACCCAGCGUGCCGGUGGAGCGUUUGGUCUUACCUUCAUUCUCUUCAUCGCUCUCGGACCCUGUGUUGUUAGCUCUCAGCUGAGCACUGGUCGUGUCUUCUGGGCUUUUUCCAGAGAUGGUGCAAUGCCGUUUUCGAGAAUCUGGUCGAGAGUCCACCACAAGUGGCAGACUCCCCUAAACUCACAGAUUGCAGUAACUGCAAUCGUUGCGGCACUGGGUUGCCUCUACCUCGGAUCCUCGACUGCCUUCAACUCCCUCCUAGGCACCGCCGUCACCAUUAACAACAUGUCUUACAUGUUCCCUAUCCUUACCAACCUGCUUACGGGACGUAAAAACAUGCAUCGCGGUGUUUUCCACAUGGGAUCUACCUGGGGACCCAUAAUCAACGGCAUCACCGUGUGCUGGUUGACCUUCGCCAUCGUCUUCUUCUCAUUCCCAUACGUCAUGCCUGUUGAGCCUGCCAACAUGAACUACACGUGUGUUGUUGUCGGUGGAUUAGCUGUGCUGGUUGGUGGGUGGUGGUUCAAGGCUGGUUCCAAGUACAGCGAGAAGAUGCUCCAGGCCAAGGAAGAAUAG